AUGGCUCAGCCCCCUCGUGCCCCAGAAGAUUUGCUAGCUGGGGGUUUGGGUACUGGGUCCCUUCGUGUGCCUGAGGACAGCGACCGGCGGAGGCAGGCAGAGGUCACGAGGCAUGUUCCCACCAGUGCCGUCUCUUGUGCCUGUGAUUUUAUUCCAGUGACGCCAACCGUUGCUGCAGUCACGAAGAUUGCGAUUUCCCGGGUCCGUUUGGACGAUUCUUGGGGUGCUCACCUUGAGAGGAGGCUUAGUGCUGCCAUACAAAAGUGGGUUGCUUUAGUGGUUGAGGAUCCUUUGUCUUUUGACGUCGGUAGGCGGUGUGCUGCUUUCGUGGGAAAUGACGAGGCGAUUUCUCAGGGCCUUCUGCACACUUUUUCCGGCAAAUCAGCAGGUACCUUGCACAGCCGUGCUGGGCCUCUCAUCAGGUUUGUUGCCUGGGCCAAGGCUCGCCAGUGCAAGCCCUUACCCUUCAGCGAGGCGCUUUUGUAUGAUUUUCUGCUUGAAUCCGAGAGCACUUGUGCGCCGUCAUUCGGAAAGGCGCUGAUGUCUGCACUUGCAUUUUGCAAAUUUGUGCUGGGCGUUGAGAAUGUUUCUGAUGUUCUGAGCAGUGGUCGGUUUGGGGGCUUGGCUCGUUCGAUGUUCCUGAACAAAAGGAAGCGACGGCAGAAGCCACCCCUCACCGUUGACAUGGUGAAGGCCCUUGAGAGAUUGGUGAUCUCCGAACGUGAAGGAGAUAUCGACAGGCUGUGUGCGGGGUUCUUCCUCGUUUGUGUUUUCCUUCGAGCAAGGUAUAGCGAUGCCCAAGGUCUGAAGAAUCUUGCAAUCGAUGAGCCUGAAGGUUUUGCUGGCCGCUUGACAGGAUAUUUUCAAGGGGAAGCUUCAAGGACAAAGACGAGUUUCUCGCUGGAAAGGAAGACGGCUCUGCUCCCGAUGGUAGGGCCACUUUUCGGCCUGACUGCAGUUCCUUGGUUCAAGACUUGGUUAGGUCUCCGCGAGGACAUGGGCAUCCCUGAAGGCGAGGACUUUCCUUUGCUGCCGAGUCGAGGGCUAGAAGGGGGUUGGGCUCCGGUCCCCCCUUCAGCUACGGUGGCCGCUGCAUGGCUCCGGGGGAUUCUUAUUUCUCGUGGCUUCCCUGAGGCACGCAAGCUCGGGACUCACAGCUGCAAAUGCACGUGUCUUUCUUGGCUGUCGAAGCACGGAGUUGAUCCUCUGCAUCGGCGUGUUUUGGGUUAUCACAAGGCUCCGCAGGAUGAGAUGAUGCACGUUUAUGGGCGUGACAAUGUGUCUCCAGCCCUGAGGUCGCUGGAGGCUGUCAUCCAGGACAUCAGACAAGGCCUGUUUUUGCCGGAUGUCACGCGGUCGGGUUACUUCCCGACCCAGCCGCAGAGGGAGCCUGGGCCUGAGUUCGUUGAGGAGCCAUCGGAAUCCGAAGUUUCGCUCGAUGAAGAGGACAACGUGCAAGACUUGAGAGCAGAGGAAGCGGCCGCUGAUCAGGUUGUGCCGCCUUGGGCUGAACUUGUGGUUCAGGAUCCUGAUGCUCUGGUUUAUGUUCGCCAUAUAACUUCAAGGAAGUUGCACCGCCUCGCUGACGAGAGUGGGAAUCGGCUGAAGUGCGGAAAGGCGUGCACGCGAAAGUUCGAGAGGGGCAGCCGGAUCACUCGGCGCAUGGGUCGUGUCUUUGUGACGCAGCCGGAUAGACUCGGCUAUGCACUCACCGUUAACCGGGGCACGCGGUUUUGGAUGGAAGUCAACCAUGACUUGAAAAUGUGGCUGUACGGACCAUUCGCCAUGGCCAUCACCGAGAGCAAGGCAAACUUUUCUUCCAGGGCGACGGCCUUGGGGUUGGCCGCUGACGUUUUGAAGAAGUUCACUGAUGCUGGCAUUGAUUGCAUGAGCAAAUUUGCCUUCAUUAGUGCGUUCGUGCCCGGCAACACUGACGAGUCCCCUUUUACCGAUGCAGUUGCUGGUGUGUUGGGGCGCGCUGCUAAUGUGGCAGAGUUGAGCGUGCUGCGCAGGCUUCUUCAUGAGAGCUACAACCUCACUGUCUCAGAGCUUCAGGUGCAGGUUGAACGAACGGAAGAUUCUGCUCCGAGGCGGUUGGCGGCUCCCGAUCGAGCCGAUAGGCUUCAGCGGCAACAAGUCAGGCUUGCUGGCUUGAACAUCCAUGGCCCUACUCUCCCGGGUCAUUCGGUCAUCGAUCGUUGUGUUCAGAUGUAUGAGGAUAAUUCUCUUUCAUACCUACCUUUGCAGUCUUGUCCCUGCCGGGAUGAUGAAGUGAAGUUCAAGAAGGACCGGGAUGACAAGAUGCUUGCUGUGGAUGGCACGGGGCACGUGUCUCUUAGGUCGCAAGCCGUGAAAGUGGAGGCCGAUGUGUCCACUGACCUUUUGCUUAAGCAUGCACUUACACGUCGUGGGCUUGCGCUGGACCAAGCUGGCAUUCUGAGCUUUGCGGAGCAUGAGCGUUGGUCUGAGGCGUUGUUUCAGGCUCGAUUUCGGGAUCCGCCCGACCAGUAUGCCCGUGUCACGCUCCAGCAACUCAUCCAGGCGGACAGGCAGGUUUUUGUUGAAGCAGCUGAUCGGACCCGCCAGGGGAUUCAGGUGGUGGCUUCCGGACGACCGGUCGAUCGCAUUUGGAGUGACGCCAUGUCUUGCAACAAUGUCACUCACCUGCUGCAACCCUUGCCCUUGCCUCCGCCAGCUCCUUUGCAUCCACGGCCUGGGCCCUAUGAUGACCGCAGGGGUUUGAAGGGUCGCGGUAGGGGUAAAGGGAAAGGUAAAGGCAAGGGAAAUGUUCGUAUGCCUGCUGAGCUGUCCGAUGGGGUGCCGGUCACCACCCGGGGCUUGCCCAUCUGCUUCGACCACAACUUGGGGCGGUGUCAGCGUACCGUCACUAGUGGCAAGUGCGAUCGUGGUCUUCACAUUUGUUGCAUCAAAGGCUCUGAGGCGCAGGUCCACGUGACUGAUGACAAAGAUGUAGCACAGCUUGGUGAGGAGCUUGUGCUCUCUUCUUCCGAUGAUGAGAUCCCUGAAGGGGAGUCAUCACCGAAACAUGUCCCGUGCUCGGCCUCAGUUCCGCCUCAGCCGCUUUCCAGCAACCCCGAAGCUUUUGCGUCUCAGCUGCUCAAGAAGCCGUGGCUUGAGGCGAGCGAUGUUUUGCAGCUUUUUGAGAUGUUGCCAAUGGCCGCGCCCCAGCGUGGAACUGAGGGCAAGGCCUUUGCUACCGGUCAAUGGCCAGCAGCAGAAGGGAGUUCUCUUGCCCGUGGUGUGUAUGCUUCCCCCGAAGAAUUUGUGGAAGAAUGCCUGAACGUUGAGCAUCCCUUUGAUCAGCUGCAUGCUGCGCCUGAUGUGCUCAAACGGUGCCUUUUUGACAUGCUGACCAAAGGGCCUGCUUGGGUAGUGGAUCGUAGGGCAAAGCUGCUCAAGAAGUGGACCCAGUGGGCUCGCGACCUUGAGGCCGAGGAAGCUGGCCUUCGCAAGUCGUUAGACCCUGAGGUUGCGAAGGUGUUGCAAGGCAAAAGGCUCCUGCUUCUUGAGAAGAUUGCGUCGUCAAUCGGCUGGGUUGACAUGGGCGUUUUCGCUGAGCUUAGGAAGGGCUUUGAUUUGGUGGGGCAUGCAAAGCACACGGGAGUUUUCGCGCUUGAGCCCAGGCCUCCGAAGCUUCCGAAGGAUGACUUUCUUGCUGCCACAAAAUUUCUUAGGCCAGCCCUACUGGGUAAGGUGAAAUCGUCGUCCGUGGAUCGCAAUGCGCGUGAGCUGUGGGAAAAGACGAUGCAGGAGGUGGAGAGUGGUAUGUUGGAGGGACCUCUGUCGUCGCAGCAGCUGGACGAUAGGCAUCCCUCUGGCUGGUUGCCCACUCGGCGUUUCGGGGUGGAGCAGACUUCUGCUGCCGGGCGCAAGCUGCGGCCUGUUGAUGAUUUCACCGAGAACAAGGUGAAUCUUGCCUUUGGUUCUAUGGAUAAGCUGGACUUGAAUGCGCUUGAUCAACUUAUCUGCACCUGCCGCAUUUGGGCAAGGGCCAUGUGUGGGGGGCAUGAUUGUGAGCUCGUGCUUUCCUCGGGGCUUGUGCUCAAGGGCCGUGUGCAUCCUGGUUGGAAGAAGGCAGGGCAUCAGCCGCUUCUGACCACGCUUGAUCUUCGAGCUGCCUACAAGCAGUUCGCAGUGUCGGCCGACUCGCGAGCUUGGGCAGUUAUCGCUUUGCUUAACCCUGAUACGCUGGUGCCGGGCCUUUUCGAGUCGAAGGCGUUGCCUUUUGGCAGCGCGGCCUCGGUGCUGCAUUUCAACCGUCUCUCGAGGUUGUUGUGGAGGUUGGGGGUUGAGCUUUUGAUCCCAUGGGGAAACUUUUUCGACGACUUCCCUGCAAUGUCACCGAGUGCCAUUUCAGACAAUACCAUGAGUACAAUGACUGCCUUGUGUUCCCUUCUCGGGUUCGCCUUUGCUGACGACAAGCUUAGCCCCUUCCAGCCUGCUGCCACCAUGUUGGGGGUUGAGGUUGAUUGUUCAAGGUGUGAUGAGGGUUUGGUGCUCGUAAGGAACAAGCCUGGUCGUGCUGAGGAACUCGUCGUGUCUCUUGAAGAGUUUCUGCGCGAGGGAGUGAUCUCUCGAAAGCGUUACCUCAGUCUCAUGGGUCGGCUCCACUACACUGAUUCAUACAUACUUGGCAAGUCGGGCCGUUUGAUCAUGGCGGACAUUCGCUCGUGGGCAAAGGGGCAUUGUUCCGAUGAAUUGGUCUUGGACGAUGCAGCACGGGAAUCGCUGCGUCUGUUCAUUGCGCGUCUCCGUGCUUGUGAGCCUCGCCAGGUGCCUUGUGGAGUGGCAAGCCAUGUUGUGCACGUCUUUACGGAUGGCGCCAGUGAGGGUGAGGUGCACUCGAUUGGUGGGGUCCUCGUAGUGCAAGGUAGGCUGCAUUCGUGCUUUGGUUCACUUGUUCCCGAUCACUUGAUCAGCAAAUGGACCUCCACGAUGCGACACAUUAUCGGGCCGGUUGAAUCAUAUGCAGUUGCCGUGGCAAGGCGAGUCUGGCACCAGUUCAUUGCUUCGCAGCGCGCUUUGUUUUUCAUCGAUAAUGUGCAGGCACAAGACUCCUACAUAAAGGGCACCUCUGCCAACCCUCACGUGCGGGAAAUCCUCCUUUCUUUCGAGGAGUCGGAGAAGCUUUCCCCUUCCUGGACGUGGUUCGCCCGUGUGGCGAGUCCAAGCAAUGUCGCAGACGAGCCGUCACGUGCUGCCUUCGAGUUUCUGCAUAAGGCUCAAUGUCGCAGGGUCACUCCCUCGUGUCCCAUAAGUGGUUUUGACCUUGUGGAUCUUGGCGCCCUUGGAAAAAUUUGA